AUGACGAUCAAUACCGAGCCAGAAGCAUUACUGUCUCACCUUCAAAAUUCUGACGGCUCCGCUACUUUCUCUUUUGCUGGCUAUACCGUGGUUGGGGCUGUAAAUGGGCCGAUCGAGGUUCAGAGACGAGAUGAGCUCCCGGAGGAGGCGGCCGUCGACGUGAUCGUACGACCAGCUGCAGGGGUUGGAGGCACUAGAGAAAGACACUUGGAGUCACUGAUUCAGUCGACUUUGCGCCAGAUCAUCCUCAUUAACAACUUUCCGAGGACCCUCAUCCAAGUUGUUCUACAAGUAACCACUACGCCCGAGAACGAAUAUGUCAAUGCCAAAGUAGCACAGGCUACCUCAAACCUGCCUAUUUUGCCUGCUCUACUCCAGACAGCAGUGCUCUCGCUCCUCUCUGCUGCCCUUCCGCUGACGGCGACACUGACAUCGACUUCCCUGGCUAUUGUCGCUGAUGGCCAAUCGAAGAAAGUCGUCUUAAACCCUUCGCCGCGAGAGAUUGAAACGUCGCAAUCGUUCCAUGUCUUCUCGUUUACCUCGCAGGAUGAAUUGAUACUCGCAGAAAGUGAAGGAAGCUUCACAAUAAAAGAAUGGGAUGAUGCCUUUGCCGUCGCUCAACGUCAAUGCUGCCCUCCCGUCACUACGGGCGAUGGAGAUACUCUCAUGGAUGAUGGUAGCCUACCUGGCGCGGACUUGAAGCAGUUUACGCGUUCUACGCUGGAGGGGAAAAUAGCCUCGGACUUACAUUGGAAGUAA